UUGGGAGCCGCGCCCCCCUCGGUCCCCCCCUGGUCCCCCUUGGUCCUCCCCCGGCCCCGGUCCCGGCCCUGGCCCCCGCCCCGAGCCCCGCGCCCCCCCCGGCCGGCGCCGCAGCUCCGCGCGGAGGCAUGAGCGACCGGGCGGCCGCUGCGCGCCGCGGUAAGUGUGGACGUCUGUGCAAGUGCGAGAGCAUCAUGGUAGCGUUUAAAGGCGUCUGGACUCAGCCCUUCUGGAAAGCUGUUUCAGCAGAAUUUUUGGCCAUGUUAAUUUUCGUCCUCCUCAGCCUCGGUUCCACAAUCAACUGGGGUGGAUCGGAGAAGCCCCUGCCUGUAGACAUGGUCCUUAUCUCUCUCUGCUUUGGACUCAGCAUCGCAACCAUGGUUCAGUGUGUUGGGCACAUCAGUGGUGGCCACAUUAACCCUGCUGUGACCGUGGCAAUGGUCUGCACAAGGAAGAUCAGCCUCGCCAAGUCAGUCUUCUACAUUCUCGCCCAGUGCCUGGGAGCCAUCGUGGGGGCAGGAAUCCUUUACCUCAUCACACCACCAAGCGUGGUGGGAGGCCUGGGAGUCACUAUGGUACAUGGAGAUCUUUCCGCUGGCCAUGGACUCCUGGUGGAGUUGAUAAUUACAUUCCAGCUGGUUUUUACUAUUUUUGCCAGCUGUGAUUCAAAACGAAAUGAUGUCACUGGUUCAGUAGCUUUAGCAAUUGGAUUUUCUGUUGCAAUUGGACAUUUAUUUGCUAUUAAUUACACCGGUGCCAGUAUGAACCCUGCUCGAUCAUUUGGACCUGCUGUCAUCAUGGGGAAAUGGGAAAACCAAUGGGUUUACUGGGUAGGACCAAUAAUAGGAGCAGUCCUUGCUGGUGCUCUUUAUGAGUAUGUCUAUUGCCCAGAUGUUGAACUCAAGCGCCGUUUUAAAGAUGUCUUCAGUAAAGCUACCCAGCCAUCCAAAGGGAAAUACACAGAGGUGGAUGAUAGCAGGAGCCACGUAGAGACCGAUGACCUGAUCCUGAAGCCUGGCAUCGUUCACGUGAUUGAUAUCGACCGGGGUGAGGACAAGAAGGGAAGAGAUCCGUCCAGCGAGGUGCUGUCUUCUGUAUGACUAGCAAGGAGCACUGAAAGCAGAGAGCAGCCUGCUAGCAUGUCCACAGAUAUCCUUCCACCUAUUAAAGAAACAGAUCUCCUCUAAACUGAGCAUCUACCAUUUCUUAAAAAGUAUGGUGUGGGCAGCUGCAUGGUAGUGGCAUCACCUAACCAUACAUCUGCUCAGUUGGAAUAUUAAGCCUUUGCUCUAAUUACGAUUCCCCAUGAAUUAUUCCAAAUUAAGAGUUGUUCCUACUACUUUCAUUCCCUUCUUUCUGGAACAACCUAAAAGUCAAAAAAAAAAAAAAAAAAAAAAAAAGGAGUUGAAAGAGUUGAAAGCAUUCUCCUUUAAUAAAUCAGUCAAUAAUGAGAUGAAGAUAGAGAUGUUUAACAUUCAGAUUGACAGUUAAGACAUAUCAGGAAAUGCCUAUAGACAUGAAGACCUACUUAUCAGAUUGUUCUUCUGACACUUAAUUGGCUGUUGUCAGCUCUCAUUAGAACAUCUUAUCCAUUAAGCUUUCUCUGCGAGGUUCAGGGAGAGCAUCAGCAGUAUUUAAGAGUUCUAUCCAAAGUCAAGCAAAGAAGUAUUGUUUCCACUUAGGUACAUCACUAUUGCCUUGCAAACUACCUCUGGAAAAAAAAAAAAAAAAAAAAAAAAAAAAAAAAGGUAUUUUAAUAGGUUUUGAAAAAAAAUCUAUCAACCCAUCAAAUUUCACUCAUAUGAUUUCCUGUAUAAAUAUAUUACCUUCAUCUCUUCCCAGGAGUAAAUGUGCUGAAAUUGAAUGUUGAAGUCUACCGUAAUAAGGCUGCAAAGCUUUUGACUGUACUUCAUGCUCGCCCAUGUUAUUGUCUGUCUGGUGAAACAUUCUCCUGGGGUUUGAGUAUUGACCAUUUAGUGGUAGCAGACUCUCAAGGUCAUGCAAAGAAUAUAAAGGCUUUCCUGUUACUUAAUAACUCAAAUAAGAGAUAUCAGAAGAAAAGAAGGCAUAUCUGUUUUCAGUGCACUUGUUCAAAUACAGAUUUCUGUGCUAAUUUAUGUAAACUAAAGGUUUAAAUUACUUACCUACUUUCUUACAAGAUGGUUGGAGAUCUGGGUUUUUUAAUUUAUUAGUAAUGUAGAGGGUUUUUAACUUUUAACUGUAUUGAAACACUGAUUGGAAAAUAUAUAUUUUUUUUAUAACAAAUGAUAAAAACAUGACUGCUUUUGUUUUUCUGUUGUAGCUGAUGCCUAACUAGUUGAACAAGAUCCUUGCUUGUUCCACUGCUCAUAGUCUUAAUUAAACCUCCAGCACCUUCACCAGCUUCUUUAUUUGUUGUUAGGAAAAGAUGCAAGCACUUGCAGGUUUUUUUUUAGGGGAAAAGGGUCAUGAAAUAUUUCCAGUAAUCAGUCUUUCCCUCAUAGAUGUAUUUUGAUAGAUAUAAUCACCCCAACAGGACAUUUUAUAAAGAUUGUACUGACUUACUGCUUUUGCUACUGAUCACUGGUUUUGAGUUUUACAAUAUGCAGCUGCCAAGCAGUCAGGAGCUUUACAUUAUUACUGUAAUUGUAUAGUUUUAUUUUGAAAUUGAAAAGCUACUCCUGCCUACUUAGCAAUAAGAGGG